CGCGGCGCGCCCCCGGAGCGGAGGCCCCGUUAGGCGCGCCCCCGGAGCGGAGCGGCGGCCCCGUUAGGCGCCCCCCCCCCCCCCGGCAGCCGACAUGUCGCUCGACGACCCGCGCCUGGAGUGGCUCCGGGACCGCGUGAACCAGGCGUUCGGCCUGAGCGGGCCCGGCGCCUUCGACGAGCUGCUGAACCGCGACGACGGGCGGCACGAGCUGCUCAUCCUCCGCUUCCUCAACGACUCGCUGGGCGAGGACUGCCCGUCCGCGCUGCUCUUCUUCAGGGGCAGCCGCACCGAGGAGCUGGAGCUGGAGAUCGAGCUUGAGGAAACCCCUGAACCUACAAAUGAUGAAGAAGCUGAAACUGCUGAGAUAGCUGAAAAGUCUGAGUUGCUCAAUGAGGAUGAAGCAUCAAAAGUUGGUGCUUCUGCUAGUCGGAAACAGUCACCUAUGACUCUGGAACCUGCAGCAUCCCAGGCAAGCCAGGCUGACGGAGAAAAUACAAAGACAAACCUCCCACGAACUAAAAUCAUAACACAGUUAGUGGAACAUCCAAUGCUCCAUGUUUCACUUGAGAAAAUUCCUCAGGAGUUUAUGAAUGAGGAUGCAUUCUUUUUUCUUAGGAAUAAAAAAGAAACCAUUACAGAACCCAAUGACAUGAAGGAGACCAAUUUACUAAUGCCUAAAAUGCUGGAGUUCGGCAUGCUGAAUGGACACUCUUUGUUGAUGUUACAUCAAAUCUUAACACAGGUUUUCAUGCCACUUUUGGCUCAUCACCACACUAAAGCUAUUGAUCUAAGGCAAGGUUCAUCCCGUUUCAUAAGUGCAGCAACGUUUCAAUACGAGAAAAUGAGUGUUGCAGACUCAAGAGCAGGAGGGGAUUCACGAAAUAUUCAAUUCGUCAGGGAUGAGUUCUUAAUAACUGUACUAAAGUUCGCAAAUCAGGUUCAGAGAACCAUUCAACAGGUUGAAGGUGAAAUCAAGCUUGAAAUGCCUCCAAUUGACCUUGAUGCAGACUUGGACCAAUUUGCUUUGGAUCCAAUUAUAAGGGAAAUGCUAGAACAGAAUAUAAUGAACUGGCAGGUGCAAAUCACUGUUGCCCUUGAAGAGCAGCUGACAAGGAUACCCCAGGGCAACGGUCCGUUAGCUGAAAUCGAUUUCUGGCGUGAACGUAAUGCUACACUCAGUGCCCUCAGUGAACAGCUCAAACUGCCUGUGGUGAAGAGGAUUAUCAACUUUGUGGGCAAGUUUGACCAAAGUUUAAUCCAGAACCUCAAUUUAAUCAUUGCUGACCUUAACAAGUACCACGUGGAAGCUGCAGACAAUGUCAGGUUCCUUUCAACACUGGAACGACACUUUAAGAAUCUAUCACAAGGAACAAGAUUUCAAGUUGUCUUGGAUACAAUCCCUUCCAUGAUGAAUGCUUUAAGGAUGGUUUGGAUUAUUUCUCGCCACUACAACAAGGAUGAGCGAAUGGUGCCCCUUAUGGAACGAAUUGCAUGGGAGAUUUCAGAGAGAGUUCGCAAAGUAAUCAAUGUGCGAAGCGUAUUUAAGACUAACUCAGAAGCAGCAAAAAAAAGUGCCUUAGAAGCCAUUCGAACUCUGCAGUUGUGGAAAGAUUCCUACUUUGAUAUCCGUUCUAAAAUUGAAGCUUCUGGGAGAGAUCAACGCUGGGAAUUUGACAGAAAGAAACUGUUUAAGAAAACUGAUUACAUGAUUGUCAUCUGUCAGAAUAUUCAUGAUAUCUUACAGACUCGAGAGGAGUUUUACAACAUUUUUGGACCGGAACUGAAAGCUGUAACUGGUGACCCAAAGCGCAUUGAUGAUGUAGUAAAAAGGGUUAAUGAUCUUGUUGUACCCAUUGAGGAGUUAUCCUUUGAUGUGUUUAACAUUCGUCACACUCAAAUGUGGAAACUAGUUAUGGAGGAUUUUUAUACCCAGGUUCAGCUAAUUGAAGGGGAAGCAAAGAACUUUAUUGAUGAGUCAUUCAAGAGUCUCCGCUCUGCAGAAGCAGCUUUUGACAUGCUUUUGAGAUUUAAGCACAUCCGCUCACGUGAAGCUGUCAACAAGCAAAUGAUGAGGAAGUUCAAUGACAUUUUGACACAGUAUUGUAAAGAGGUUGAUAUUAUAAACAGCCUCUUCACUAAUAAUGCUAAUAAUCCUCCUGUGACUAAGAAUCAACCUCCUGUUGCUGGAGCCAUUCACUGGGAACGUUCCCUCUUUCACCGGAUUAAGCACGUCAUCGUUCACUUUCAGGAGAUGCCUGAGAUGCUGGCAAGUGAACAUGGGAAGGCAACCAGAGCAAAGUACCUAGAGGUGGCAAAGAGAAUGAAAGCGUAUGAAGAUAAGUUGUAUGAACACUGGCAAAAUGAGACUAAUGCAAAGUUGCAUGUUCUGUUAAAGCAAAGCCUGCUUACCAGGAUUAAUACGUCAGAGGAUGAAUUGUUUGAAAUUAGUUGUCAAUAUGAAGUGAAUUUUGCCCCAGAACUGGAAGAAAUUAUCAUGGAAUCCAAGUACAUGGAGCAGUUGGGACUUCAAAUACCUCAGCUAGCCAGAAAUGUGGCUCUACAAGAACAAAAGUUCCUCCGGUACACCACUGGAUUGAAGAACAUGCUGAAUCGCUAUCAAAAUCUAAUGGCUUCUUUAAACUCAGCAGAGACUAAACUUAUGGUAGAUCAUAUCCUGGAGCUCCAACGAGUUAUUCGCUCAGGUUACAGAAGAUUAAACUGGAACUCAUUAGGUAUUAUUGAUUAUCUUGGUCGCUGUGAACAAGCAAUUGGAAAAUUUGAAUCACUUGUAAACCAAAUUCAUAAAAAUGUCCGAGACAUUGCCACUAAACUUGCAGCCAUAGAGUCUGCAGACCUCUUUAAAAGGCCACCACCCAAGUCAAGGGAGGAUCUUGCAGGAGUAAAGGAGUUUUAUGAGUAUGUGGAACGGGAGCGGACAAAAGACAUCUUGAAUUUAGUCAGUAAGUAUAAAGCCAUUGGCCCACUGCUGACAAAAAUGGAAGGCCUUGUCUUCCACACCAACACCGGGAAGGCUUCAAAGAUGGCAUUAUACUACACCUUCUGGGAGCGCAGAGUUUACGACAGUCUUGUCAAAAUGAUCAUAAAAAAUCUUCAGCAAAUUAAUGCUUCUCUUCUUGGAAACAAUCCCCUUUUCCAAAUUGAAGUUCACCUCUCUGCCCCUGAGAUUGUCUUGAAACCCAGUGCCUCUGAAGUUUAUCAACUGACUCUCCAGAACAUAAAAGACUGUGUUGAAACAACGAAGCUGUUUGUUCGAUGGAUGCAUGGGUCCUGCAUUGAAUGCUCACCGCAGUAUAUUGAAGGAGAUGAUGAGCCAGUCAUCUUUAGUUUCUACAGUGACAUUUCUCAGCAUCCACAGAUCAUAGAAUUAGCUAUUUCCACCAGUCAGAAUCUACAAAAACUUCUUGGUUCUCUGAGCAAGUUUCUGAACAGCUGGAAGAAGUACCGAUCAUUAUGGAAGAUGGACAAAUCUAUCGUUGUGGAGAAGUUUGCAGCAAGAAAUCCUUCUUGUGUUAGUUAUGAUGAAAAGCUGCAAUUCUACACCAGAAUCAGCGAGGAAGUGGCAGAACAGCCACUUGUGAAAGAUGACCAAUGUAUUCGGCUCCAGCUGAGGCCGUUGGCAUUUAGUAUUCAAGAAAAUGCAAAUGCAUGGGUGCAGUCACUUGGACAUUGCCUGAAUGAAUCUGCCAAGCGGGAAUUAUAUAGCCUGAGAGAUGAACUGGAGGAGCUUUCAGUUUCUUUGCAGACAGUUCCAGACACUCUGGAGAACCUGAAGUUUGUACUUAGUACAAUUGCCCAAAUUCGAGCCAUGUCUUUAAUUGUGGAGCUACGGUUAAAAGAUACCCAGGAGCGAUAUCGUACCCUUGCCAUGUAUAAUAUCCUUACUACAGAAGAAGAAAAAACAUUGCAGCAGAGUAUUAAAGUAAUUUGGGAAAGUCUCUUUGAUGAGUCACGUAACAUUGAUCUUAGCUUGGGUACUGUAAAGAAAAAGUUCACUAAGACCACCAAACAUGAGACUAAAGAUUUUGCAUAUAACCUUGCUGCUUUUGCAGCAAGAUUCCGUCUGGAAGGCCCAGGGUCUGUGGAGGCUGAACUUGACACAGGGCUUGAGAUUUUGGGCAAAUUUGAAAAUGAGUUGGAAGAACUUGAGAGAAAGCGUCAAGAGUUAGCAAACGCUGAGAAGCUUUUCGACCUGUCAAUUACAAUGCACCCUGAGCUACUGUCUCUUCAGAAAGAAAUGAAAGGCUUGCGGCAGAUCUAUGACAUUUACAAGGCACAGCGGGUAUCGAAAGAAGAAUGGUCUGAGACAUUGUGGGCUGAUUUAAAUGUGCAGCUGCUUCAGGAAGGAAUUGAUGGAUUUUUGAAGGCCUUCAGAAAGUUGCCGAAAGAUGUUCGUAGUCUGUCUGUUGGCUUCCAUUUGGAAUCUCAGAUGAAAGAAUUUAAGGAAUCCAUCCCCUUGUUAUUGGAUUUGAAGCAUGAGGCACUAAGAGAGAGGCAUUGGAAAAUAUUAAUGGCACGAACAGGCACAGAAUUUGAGAUGCGAGCUGAUACAUUUACACUGGAGAAUAUGUUUGCUAUGCAACUGCACAAAUAUAGUGAAGCCAUUGGUGAUAUUGUUACAGCUGCUGUUAAAGAACUUGGUAUUGAAAAGGGUGUCAAGGAGGUUGUGGAUACCUGGGAAAGCAUGAAAUUUACUGUGCAGAAGUACUACAAAGGAACUCAGGAUCGAGGCUACAUCCUGGGAUCUGUAGACGAGAUCCUUCAGAUACUUGAUGAUAAUGCCAUGAAUCUGCAGAGCAUGGCUGGAAGCAGAUAUGUAGGUCCUUUUCUCAGUACAGUGCAGGAGUGGGAGAAAAACCUGUCCUUAAUCGGUGAAGUGAUUGCGGUUUGGUUGGUGGUGCAAAGGAAAUGGAUGUACUUGGAGAGUAUCUUCAUUGGUGGAGAUAUCCGAUCUCAAUUACCCGAGGAAGCAAAGAAGUUUGAUAACAUUGAUAGAAUAUUCAAAAAGAUCAUGUCUGAAACUGUGAAGGAGCCUGUCAUAAGCAAAUGUUGCCAGGCUUCUAAUCGUCUAACAAAUCUCAAGAACCUGAGUGAAGGUCUCGAGAAAUGUCAGAAGAGCCUCAAUGACUAUCUGAAUUCCAAGCGAAAUGCCUUUCCAAGGUUUUUCUUUAUUUCUGAUGACGAGUUAUUGAGUAUUCUGGGGAGCAGUGAUCCUGAAGCUGUCCAGGAACACAUGAUAAAGAUGUAUGAUAACAUUGCAUCAUUAAGGUUCCAAAUGGGUAAUGAGAAUGAAACGUUGGCAGGAGCAAUGAUAUCUGCUGAAGGGGAGGUGAUGGAAUUCAGACAGAUGAUACCUGCGGAGGGACGGGUCGAAGACUGGAUGACUGCAGUCCUGGGUGAAAUGAGAAAAACAAAUCGUCUAAUUACAAAGGAGGCAAUUUUCCGAUAUUGUGAGACCAUGACCAGAAAUGAUUGGAUGUUGGUUUAUCAGGGCAUGGUUGUUCUUGCUGCCACCCAAGUCUGGUGGACGUGGGAGGUUGAAGAUGUGUUUCAGAGAGUUAAAAAGGGAGAUAAACAGGCCAUGAAGCAUUAUGCUAAGAAGAUGCACCAACAGAUUGAUGAUCUCGUUACCCACAUCACACAACCACUGAGUAACAAUGAUCGUAAGAAGUAUAAUACGGUGCUUAUUAUUGAUGUACAUGCCAGAGAUAUUGUGGAUACAUUUGUCCGAGACAGUAUAAUGGAUGCCCAAGAGUUUGAGUGGGAGAGCCAGCUUCGCUUCUACUGGGAGCGGCUGCCCGAUGAGCUGAUGGUGCAUCAGUGCACUGGCCGUUUUGACUAUGGCUAUGAAUACAUGGGUUUGAAUGGUCGCCUGGUCAUCACUCCUCUCACAGAUCGAAUCUAUCUAACGCUCACACAGGCUCUGUCCAUGUACCUUGGAGGGGCACCUGCGGGACCAGCUGGAACCGGCAAAACUGAGACCACCAAAGACUUGGCCAAGGCUCUGGGACUGCUUUGUGUUGUGACAAAUUGUGGGGAAGGCAUGGAUUACAAAGCGAUGGGGAAUAUCCUAUCUGGACUGGCUCAAUGUGGUGCCUGGGGCUGCUUUGAUGAAUUUAAUCGAAUUGAGGCUGCAGUGCUGUCGGUUGUGUCUUCACAAAUCCAAACCAUUCGCAAUGCACUCAUACAUCAUCUAACCAGAUUCCAGUUUGAAGGGCAAGAGAUUUCCCUGGAUAGUCGGAUUGGUAUAUUUAUCACCAUGAAUCCCGGCUAUGCUGGGCGGACAGAGCUGCCAGAAUCAGUAAAAGCUCUCUUCAGGCCCGUGGUCGUGAUUGUCCCCGAUCUUCAACAAAUCUGUGAAAUUAUGCUUUUCUCAGAAGGAUUUCUGAUGGCAAAGAUCCUUGCGAAGAAGAUGACUGUGCUUUACAAACUGGGAAAGGAGCAGCUUUCAAAGCAACAUCACUAUGACUUUGGGCUUCGAGCUCUCAAGUCUGUACUUGUUAUGGCAGGAGAACUGAAGAGAGGGUCCCCUGAUAUCACUGAGGAUGUGGUACUGAUGAGGGCACUGAGAGACAUGAAUCUUCCCAAAUUUGUCUAUGAGGAUGUUCCCCUCUUCCUGGGCCUGAUCUCUGACUUGUUCCCUGGGCUGGAAUGUCCUCGUGUCCGCUACCCCAACUUCAAUGAUGCGGUGGAACAGGUGCUUGCAGAGAACCAUUAUAUUUUAUUGCCAGUUCAGGUGGAUAAGGUGGUGCAGAUGUAUGAAACGAUGAUGACUCGACACACCACUAUGGUGGUUGGACCCACUGGAGGUGGAAAAACUGUGGUCAUUAACACACUUUGCCAGGCUCAAACCAGAAUGUCGUUGGUGACAAAACUAUACACACUGAAUGCAAAGGCUGUCAGUGUGAUUGAGCUGUAUGGAAUCUUGGAUCCCGUGACUCGGGAUUGGACGGAUGGAAUUUUAUCAAAUAUUUUCAGAAAUAUCAAUAAACCGACUGAGAAGAAGGAAAGGAGGUAUAUUUUAUUUGAUGGUGAUGUGGAUGCACUCUGGGUGGAAAACAUGAACUCCGUGAUGGAUGACAACAAGUUGCUGACACUGGCUAAUGGAGAACGGAUCAGGCUCCAGGCUCACUGUGCGAUGCUCUUUGAGGUUGGAGAUUUACAGUAUGCCUCUCCAGCCACUGUGUCUCGCUGUGGGAUGGUGUAUGUGGACCCCAAGAACCUGCGAUACAGACCCUACUGGGAAAAGUGGAUCAAUGAAAGGACCAUCAAGCAAGAACAGACUGACCUCCCCAAGCUGUUUAAUAAGUAUGUACCUCACAUCCUUGAAUUGAUAGUGGAGGGGAUGUUGGAUGGAAGACAAGUGGAGAAGUUAAAAACUAUUGUUCCUCAAACAGAAUUGAAUAUGGUCACACAGCUCACUAAGAUGUUGGAUUGUUUGCUGGAGAAAGAGGUGGAUAGCUUUGACAUACUAGAAUGCUACUUUAUUGAGGCCUUGUAUUGCUCUCUGGGGGCCUGUCUUCUGGAGGAUGGAAGGAUAAAAUUUGAUGAGUAUGUUAAACGUCUUGCCAGUAUGUCAACAGUUGAAGCUUCAAAUGUCCUUGCUGGCCCAGGGGAAUUGCCUGGCCAGCUACCAACUCUUUAUGAUUUUCAUUUUGAUGAUGAGAAGCUGAAAUGGAUUCCAUGGUCCAAGCUUGUGUCUAAAUAUGUCCACAGUCCUCAAGUAAAAUUUUUAGAUAUCCUUGUUCCCACCGUGGACACCACACGUAUCAGUUGGCUGCUUGGAGAGAUGGUGAAAAUCAAACAUCCCGUACUGCUGGUGGGAGAAUCUGGAACUUCCAAAACAGCCACAACGCAGAAUUUCCUUAAAAAUCUUAACACAGAUGUUACUUUGCUGUUGACUAUCAACUUCUCAUCCCGUACCACUUCAAUGAAUGUACAAAGAAACCUGGAGGCCAAUGUAGAGAAACGCACCAAAGUUACCUAUGGACCACCUGUGGGAAAGCGUCUCUUGGUCUUCAUUGACGAUAUGAACAUGCCAAGGGUUGAUGAGUACGGUACACAACAACCCAUUGCUCUGCUGAAACUCCUUCUGGAGAAAGGUGGAAUGUAUGAUCGUGGUAAGGAGCUGAACUAUAAGAUCCUGAAGGACCUUGGCUUUAUUGCUGCAAUGGGAAAAGCAGGAGGUGGACGUAAUGAAGUGGAUCCUAGAUUUAUCUCACUUUUUUGUGUGUUCAACGUAACCUUCCCAGCGGAAGAAUCACUAUUUUCAAUUUACACUUCCAUUCUGCAAGGACACACGAUGACUUUCACUGAAGAAAUCCAGGCAAUCUGUGUUAAAGUGAUCUCUGCUACUCUACAACUAUACAGCAUGAUUAUGCAGGAGCUGCCUCCAACUCCUUCAAAGUUUCACUACAUCUUCAAUCUGCGAGACCUGUCCAGGGUGAUUGGUGGACUUGUCCUUGCAACUCCCGAGAGGUUUCAAACAGUUGCACAGAUGGUCAGGCUCUGGAGGAAUGAAUGUCUUCGAGUGUUUCAUGACAGGCUCAUUAAUGAAGUGGACAAAACGCUGGUUCAAGGAAAUAUCAGCCAAUUAAUAGAAGAACAUUUCCCAAAUGUAUUGGAGCAAGCUACCAGGAACCCGAUACUGUUUGGAGACUACCGGACGUUUAUGCAUGAGGGGGAGCCUCGUGUAUACGAAGAUCUGCAGGAUUAUGAGGCUGCUAAAGCUCUCUUCCAGGAAAUUUUGGAAGAGUAUAAUGAACUGAAGACGCACAUGAAACUGGUGUUGUUUGAUGACGCUGUGGAGCACUUGACACGGAUUCAUCGGAUUAUCAGGAUGGACAGGGGCCACGCCCUGCUGGUGGGUGUUGGUGGAUCUGGCAAGCAGUCCCUGACCAAGCUGGCUACAUACACAGCGAACUGUGAGAUUUUUGAGAUUGUUCUGAGUCGAGGUUAUUCAGAGACUAAUUUCCGAGAUGAUUUGAAGGCUCUGUAUCUGAAGCUAGGGAUCGAGAACAAGCCAACAGUCUUUCUCUUUACUGAUGCACAUGUGGCUGAGGAGGGAUUCCUGGAGCUGAUAAAUAACAUGUUGACCUCAGGCAUUGUCCCAGCACUUUUUCCAGAUGAGGAGAAAGAAGCCAUCUUAGGACAAAUAAGAGAGGAAGCAAUGAAAGCUGGUUCCAGUCCAGCAAAGGAGAGUAUCUGGCAGUACUUUGUUAAUAAGAGUGCCAGUAAUCUGCACAUUGUGUUGGGCAUGUCACCUGUUGGUGAUUUAUUACGGACACGGUGCAGAAACUUCCCAGGUCUGGUGAAUAAUACUGGGAUUGACUGGUUUUUACCGUGGCCACCCCAGGCACUGCUUGCCGUGGCACAGGCAUUCUUAGGAAAGAAUCCAAUGAUUCCAAGUGAACAUUCUGAGAAUGUGAUAGACCACAUGGUUAUGGUGCAUGGUUCAGUUGAGGAGUACAGUCUGACAUUCUUGCAGAAGCUAAGACGCAGCAACUAUGUCACUCCGAAAAACUACCUGGAUUUCAUCAACACUUAUGCUCGGCUAUUGAAUGAGAAAGAUCAGUUCAUUUUGGCUCAAUGCAAGCGUUUGGAGGGUGGAUUGGACAAGUUAAAGGAGGCCAGUGUUCAGCUGGCUGAGUUAAACCUGAAACUUGCAGAACAAAAGAUUGUACUAGCAGAGAAAACAGAAGCCUGUGAGGCCCUGUUGGCAGAGAUUGCCUUGAACACUGCUGUUGCGGAAGAGAAGAGAAAGCUGGCAGAAGAGAAGGCUGCUGAGAUAGAGGAACAGAAUAAGGUGAUAGCGGUGGAGAAGCAAGAAGCAGAGAAUGCCUUGGCUGAGGCUUUGCCUGCCCUGGAGGCUGCCCGACUGGCAUUGCAGAGUCUAGACAAGUCUGAUGUCACUGAGAUCAGGUCAUUCGCAAAGCCUCCCAGACAAGUGCAGACAGUUUGUGAAUGUAUCCUUGUGAUGCGAGGUUACAAAGAGAUUAAUUGGAAAUCAGCCAAAGGCAUGAUGUCAGAAGCAAACUUCCUCAAGAGCUUGAUGGAAAUGGAUUGUGAUGCUAUUGGGCAGACACAGGUCAAAACAGUGAAAGGUUUUCUCAAGAAUCUGAAUACAUCAUUUGAUGAAAUGCAGGCCAUCAGCAGAGCAGGUGCUGGGAUGUUAAAGUUUGUUGAAGCCGUCAUGGGCUACUGUGAUGUAGCCAGGGAAAUCAAACCGAAACGAGAGAAGGUAGCCAGGUUGGAACGUAAUUACCAUCAGAGCAAGCGUGAUCUAGAGAAGAUCCAGGCAGAGCUGGCAGCCAUCCAGCAGGAGCUUCAAGCACUCAGUGAACGCUAUGAGGCUGCGAUGAGAGAAAAGCUGCAGCUGCAGGAAGAAGCAGAAAUCAUGGAGCGCCGAUUGGUGGCAGCAGACAAGCUCAUUUCUGGGCUGGGCUCUGAAAAUGUGCGCUGGACAAAGGACCUAGAAGAUCUAAAGGUCCGGAGGGUGAAACUACUGGGAGACUGCCUGAUUUGUGCUGCGUUCCUGAGUUAUGAAGGAGCCUUCAGCUCUGAGUUCCGCCAUGAAAUGAUUUAUGACAAAUGGCAGGGUGAUGUACUGCAGCAUGAAAUUCCACUGAGUCAACCAUUUCGUCUGGAAAGCAUACUUACGGAUGAAGUUGAAAUCAGCAGGUGGGGCUCGGAAGGCUUGCCACCUGAUGAGCUCUCUGUUCAGAAUGGAAUUCUUACAACACAGGCCAGUCGCUUCCCACUCUGCAUUGAUCCUCAGCAACAGGCCUUAAAAUGGAUCAAGAGGAAGGAAGCAAAGACCAAUUUGAAGAUCUCUUCAUUUAAUGAUCCUGAUUUCUUGAAGCAAUUGGAGAUGGCUAUCAAGUAUGGAUUUCCCUUCCUAUUCCAAGAUGUGGAUGAGUACAUUGAUCCAGUCAUUGAUAAUGUCCUCGAAAAGAACAUUGAAGGGCAACAAGGACGGUAUUACAUUAAGCUCGGUGACAAGGAGGUUGACUAUGAUCCUAACUUCAAACUGUAUCUCAACACCAAGCUCGCAAACCCCAAGUACCAGCCUUCAGUUUUUGGAAAAUCCAUGGUGAUAAACUACACUGUGACAUUAAGUGGUCUGGAAGACCAGUUACUAAGUGUUAUUGUGGCAUUUGAGCGGAAAGAACUUGAGGAGCAGAGGGAGCGUUUGAUCAAGGAAACCAGUGAGAACAAGAAGCUCCUAAAGGAUCUCGAGGAUUCUCUUCUACGUGAAUUGGCAACUUCCACUGGGAACAUGCUGGAUAAUGUCGAACUUGUUGAAACUCUAGAAGAAACCAAGACUAAAGCUACUGAGGUGUCGGAAAAGCUAAAUCUGGCUGAAAAGACUGCAGUUGAUAUUGAUAAACUGAGAGAUGGCUAUCGACCAGCUGCCAGACGAGGAGCAAUAUUGUUUUUUGUCUUGUCGGAGAUGGCGCUGGUUAACAAUAUGUACCAAUAUUCUUUGGCAUCUUUCCUGGAGGUCUUUGACUUAUCUCUCCGCAAAUCUUUGCCUGACUCUAUACUUCAAAAACGACUGAGGAACAUCAUGAAUGCAUUGACUCUUAAUAUGUACAAUUAUGGCUGCACAGGUUUGUUUGAAAAGCACAAGUUGCUUUUCUCAUUCAAUAUGACGAUAAAGCUCGAGCAGGCAAAACAGAAGAUCCCUCAGGAAGAGCUGGAAUUUUUCCUGAAAGGAAACAUAUCUUUAGAGAAAAGCAAGCGGGCAAAGCCAUGCCAUUGGAUCCCGGAUCAAGGCUGGGAGGAUAUUGUUCAUCUCGCACAGACAUUUCCCGAGCUGUUUGCAUCACUUCCAGAUGAUUUGCAAUUGAAUAAGGAGGUCUGGAAAAAUUGGUAUGACCUUGAUGCACCUGAACAAGUGGAAUUCCCUCUCCACUACAAGGAUACCUUGAACAGUUUCCAGAAGCUGCUGUUGCUGCGCUGUUUCCGUGUGGAUCGUGUUUACCGGGCGGUGAUGGACUACAUCACUGUCACCAUAGGGGAGAAGUUUGUUCAGCCACCUGUCAUUAGUUUUGAGGCCAUCUUUGAACAGAGUACGGCAAAUUCUCCCAUCGUCUUCAUCCUCAGCCCUGGCUCUGACCCAGCUUCAGACCUUUCAAAGCUGGCUGAGCGAUCAGGGUUCGGAACAAGUCGACUAAAAUUCCUUGCUAUGGGACAAGGACAAGAGAAGGUAGCACUGCAGCUGCUGGAGAUGGCUGUAGCACGAGGGCAGUGGCUGAUGUUGCAGAACUGUCAUCUCCUUGUAAGGUGGCUGAAGGAACUGGAAAAGGCACUGGAGUUAAUUCAGAAGCCCCAUCCUGACUUCCGCUUGUGGCUCACCACUGAUCCAAUCCAAGACUUUCCUAUUGGAAUACUCCAGAACUCACUUAAGGUUGUGACAGAACCACCCAAUGGUCUGAAGCUGAAUAUGAGAGCUACAUAUUUCAAGAUCAGCCACGAAGCCUUGAGUAUGUGCCCCCACUAUGCCUACAAGUCCCUGGUCUAUGUGCUGGCGUUCUUCCAUGCAGUGGUCCAGGAGCGAAGAAAGUAUGGGAAGGUCGGGUGGAAUGUGCCAUAUGAUUUCAAUGAAUCUGAUUUCCAGGUCUGCAUGGAGAUCCUCAGCACUUACUUGACAAAAGCUCAUGAAAAGAAGGACAUCAAGAUUCCCUGGGGCAGUCUGAAGUAUUUAAUUGGAGAGGUGAUGUACGGGGGACGCUGCAUCGACAGCUUUGAUCGCCGCAUCCUCACCACCUACAUGGACGAGUUUCUGGGGGACUUCAUAUUUGACACCUUUCAGCCAUUCCACUUCUUCCACAAUGACGAAGUGGAUUACAAAAUCCCGGAGGAUGGGAAUAAAGAUGCUUACACUGAUGAAAUUGAAUCUCUUCCACUUGCAAACACUCCUGAAGUAUUUGGGCUUCACCCAAACGCUGAGAUUGGUUACUACACACAGGCAGCUCGGAGUAUGUGGGGUCAUCUGAUCGAUCUACAACCUCAGACAGGGGAAACUGGCAGCGGGAUGGGUCGUGAUGAGUACAUUGAACACGUGGCCAAGGACAUCGAGAGCAAACUCCCAACCCCCUUCGACCUCGAUGCUAUCUAUAAAAAAUUUGCUUUGCAAAUCACUCCAACGACGGUGGUGCUGCUGCAAGAACUCGAGCGGUUCAACCUCCUGAUCGACCGUAUGAUGCGAUCUCUGCUGGAACUGCAGAAGGCACUGGCUGGUGAAGUGGGAAUGAGCAAUGAGCUGGAUGAGGUGGCACGAGCCCUCUUCAACGGACACAUCCCUGCCAUCUGGAGGAGACUGGCUCCUGACACCCUCAAGUCUCUUGGGAACUGGAUGAUCCAUUUCCAGAGGAGGUUUGACCAGUACACUUUAUGGGUGGAUGAAGGUGAACCUAAUGUCAUGUGGUUGUCUGGACUGCACAUCCCUGAAUCUUACCUCACUGCUCUGGUGCAGGCAACUUGUCGCAAGAAUGGCUGGCCACUCGAUCGCUCCACACUCUACACACAGGUCACCAAAUAUCCAACUGCAGAUGAUGUCAUGGAACGACCUGGGACCGGCUGUUUUAUUUGUGGUUUAUACCUGGAAGGAGCUGCCUGGGAUGUUGAAGAGAGCUGUCUGGUCCGGAGCAAGCCCAAGGAGCUGGUGACAGACCUUCCUGUCCUUAAGGUGAUACCCAUCGAGAGCCAUCGCCUUAAGCUCCAGAACACUCUACGAACACCUGUGUAUACUACAUCAAUGCGACGGAAUGCGAUGGGUGUUGGGCUGGUUUUUGAAGCCGAUCUCUUCACCACUAGGCACAUCUCACACUGGGUGCUGCAAGGCGUCUGCCUCACCCUGAACUCGGACUGAGCUCACUGGUGUGUAGUACGCCAGCAGUU